UUUAGGAGGGUCAUGAUAUUGUUUAGAAUCGUAUGGUCCGACUUCGGCGAAUUGAAACAGUGAAAAUCUGAGCGAACUACCCGACUUGGCCACAAAAAAAGGAAGCAAUGAAUUGAAACAGUGAAAAUCUGAGCGAACUACCCGACUUCAGCGAAGCUCAGACACCGCAGCGGACCUGCUUCUCCGCUGCUUGGUCGCCCAGUCAACCCGAUUAAUCUGCUAGGCCGUCAGAGGCUCUGCCCUCUGUCAACAUCGGCCGCCGCAUUUUUCAUUGCAGCAGAGGCUUUUGAAAGAUUCUGUUAGGAUGCUUAACCAUGUGAACUCUGAGGAAGUGCCUGCUAGCUUGAAGCUCCUCGAGUCAUAUACUCGAGUUAUUUUUGAACUGGAAAAUAAUACAGUGCAAAAGACUAGAUAUUGAUUGGGGUGAGUGGCAACCUCUUUCAGGACAGUGGACGGGCUUGAUUCAUGAAUGGGCCAUCUCAGCCACUGUCCAGAACCUUGAAACACCUUCUUCCCCCCUCGCCCCCCUGCACCAUUGCACAUUAUGAAGCACUCUUGUACCGUUGCUCUACCACCAAGUCAUUAAGCACCACUAAGCAAGUGCAUGCUCACAUUCUCAGGAUUCAACUCUUACACCAUUGCGACUCCACUCAUUUCCUUUCCCUCCUCACAGCUUCCUACGCGCUCUGCUCCCAAACUUCACUUGCUCGCAAGGUGUUCGAUGAAUUGUCUUUUAGAACUUUGCUUUCCUACAAGAGCAUGAUAAAAAUGUACACAGAAACCGGGGCUCCCCAUGAUGCUCUCAAGUUAUUUGAUGAAAUGCUCCACUCCAGUCAGCAAAUGCCAGAUAGGUAUACAUUUCCGUUUGUAAUUCGUGCCUGUGGUGAUUUAUUAUUGCGUGAAAUCGGGGUCGUUGUUCAUGGUCUGACAGUAUUGACAGGGGUUGUCUUAAAUGCAUUUUUGGGGAAUUCAUUGUUGGUGAUGUAUAUGAAAUGUGGAGAUAAAGAAGGAGCAAGCAGAGUCUUUUAUGCAAUGCAGGAGCGAACUACGGUUUCCUGGAACAUUAUGAUUGGUGGGUAUUUCAGAAAUGGCAGUCCCAAGGAAUCCUUGCAGGUUUUCAGAAAAAUGACAGAAGUUGGGGUGGAUCCAGAUUGUGCAACUGUGCUUUCCCUGUUGCCUAUUUGUGGGUACCUGAAAGAUGUGAAGUUGGGGAGAGAGGUUCAUUUAUUGGCUGAAGAGAAAGGAUUUUGGGAACUAUUACCUGUUAGAAAUGCAACUAUAGAUAUGUAUGUCAAAUGCGGUUGUAUGGAAGAAGCACGUUUAGUUUUUGAUAAAAUGAUAGGUAGAGAUGUAGUUACCUGGACUACUAUGGUAAAUGGGUACAUUUUGAACAGUGAGAUAAGCUCUGCAUUGCAGGUAUGCCUUGAAAUGCAGUUGGAGGGCAUAAAGCCAAACGCAAUAACUCUGGCCUCAUUUCUUGCUGCGUGUGCAACUUUGUGUGACACUAAACUUGGUAAAUGCAUACACGGCUGGGCAAUCAGGCAGACACUUGACGCAGAUGCUAAUGUAGAAACUGCACUUAUUGAUAUGUAUGCAAAAUGCAACAGUUUUAAGCUUAGCUUUAAUGUAUUCAUUAACACUCCGAAGAAGAGAACUGUCCCUUGGAAUGCAGUUCUCUGUGGUUGUCUUCAUAAUGACCUUUCAGUAGAGGCAAUUUUACUUUUCAAACAAAUGCUUUCAGAAGAUGUGAAACCUAACAAUGCAACACUGAAAAGCAUACUUCCCGCAUAUGCCAUCGAAGCUGAUUUGCAACAGGCCAUGAGUUUACAUAGCUAUCUUCUACGCUCUGGUUUUAUUACAAGAAAAGAGGUUGCUACUGGUUUGGUUGAUAUAUACUCGAAAUGUGGAAAGCUUGGUUACGGUUAUGAAAUCUUCAAUGAGGUACCUAUGAAGGAAAGAGAUAUUGUGUUAUGGAGUGUGAUAAUAGCUGGAUAUGGAGCGCAUGGACAUGGAGAGCUUGCAGUUUCUUUGUUUAAUCAGAUGGUUAAGUCUCAAGUUGAACCGAAUGAAGUCACUUUCACUUCUGUUUUGCAUGCUUGUAGCCAUGGAGGGUUAGUUGAUGAUGGAUUGAGUUUAUUCAAUUACAUGAAGAGAUAUCACCCUGAUGAUCUUAGGCCUUAUCAUUAUACUUGUAUGGUUGAUCUUUUUGGACGUGCCGGGCGGCUUGAGGAGGCUUAUGACUUGAUAAAAAACAUGCCUUUCGGACCGACUCAUGCUGUUUGGGGUGCAUUACUUGGUGCCUGUGUUAUACAUGAAAAUGUUGAGCUCGGAGAGGUGGCUGCGAAGUGGCUUUUUGAGUUAGAGCCACACAACACUGGAAAUUAUGUGUUGCUGGGAAACAUGUAUUCUGCUUUGGGAAGGUGGAAAGAUGCUGAGAAUGUGAGACAUAUGAUGAAUGAAGUAGGAUUGAGAAAAAGGCCUGCCCAAAGUUCCAUAAGUUGAGGCAGUGGAUAUGCAACAUCCAUCUUAACAGCAUUAAAAGUGUUGGAAGCAUUGGCAUAGUAAGGGUCAACCUGGUCACACUGCAAAGGCACGGCAAAAGCAACAUAGCAUUCAAAAGGCAUCUGAUAUUAUUUGUAGCUUUGACAUUGCCCAAUAUAGUUUUGACCAUUUAUGUAUCUUGUUUUACAUUUAGUGCUUUUAAACAAUUGUGGACCUAUUGUUUGGUAUCCUUUUAUUAGCUAGUUUAUCUAAGAUUACUUUUAUUCUUUGCUCAAGUUACGCUAGGGCUUAUCUACUUUGACCAAACAAACACUUACAAUUGAUUGUUUGGAGGCAAUUUCUGUGACUAAUUUUUCUCUGUUCUAAUCGGUGGGUAGAAUAUUGGUACACCUUGAUAUGUUUCAAGUUUUGAUGAUGUCAAUGGUUACUACAUUAUAUAACCUCGAAAACAGACUUUUACUUCUCACUUGCUAUCAUUUAAAAAAGUGGACCACUAAGGUCUAUAGAUCGUAUACAUGUUUCUCUGUCAACAAGUCGCACUUUCCAGAGUAUAUGCUAUGUGUGAGUUAUGCAUUUUGUCAAUUGGUGUUAACGUUACACAAGUGUAUAUUGUUGAUAUGGAAAUUAUCAUGCUAUAGGAAUGAAGAAUAUUUUUCGGGUGACUCGCAUCCUGUGGUGAUCGAGGAGGUUUUUUAAUCAAGAACACGGUAUCUCAGAGUCAGAAAGUGAUCAUUUAACCCUUGGGAAAAGACACUGGAUUUCAUUUAUUGUAAUGGUUAUGCUCAUUUGGAUCAUAUCUUUCUGGUUUAUUGGUUAAUGGAUGAUUCCUUUUGAAGCACACAUGAUGGGAUUCAGUAAAGAAUCUCUUACAUUUAGGCUAUGUUUGGCAUGCUCCCUUCAGCUCAUAAUGGCUGGAAUUUCUGAAAUUCAGUCAAUAGUCAUAAAAUAAGCCAUGAUUCGAUAAAAGGCUAAACUGAACUGAAGUAAAAAAAGGGCUGAAUCAAAAGACUUGGUGACCCAGUGUUCCAAUUCAGCCGAUUGGAUAAGAAAGUUGCGAUGCCUAAACUAUCGCUGCAGCUCUCUCUAAAAAAACAUCCCCACAACCGCUCCCAAUAUCCUUCUUCUCUCCUGGCCUCUUUGAGAGCAAAAUAUGAUCAUAGCUCACAAACCACAACUCAUCUUGCCCCUUCUCUAAUCAUGUGUUGUGCAGAUUUCUUCUUCGCCUUCUUGUCCUACUUACUCCUUGUGGUAUUGGUGUCAGAUUAGGUAUAUUGGCUCCUUCUAUGACGUUUAUCGCAUGAUCACAUGGCCUUUCUCGGGGAAGAUCCAACACCGAUUUGAAGACUUCAGGAAACUCACCAACUACCUUGUGCCAAGUUUCAUCCUUCUUCAAGACUGGACUGGGGAAUUCUGCUCCUUGCCUUCACAAAACAACAAAUAACCAUCUCCUGUAUUCUGUAAAAUGUGAGUGAUGGACUUCAAAUGAAAGUUUAGUUUACUCAUACCAAAUUUCAGGAGCGCAUUCAAAUUUUUUGAGCGUCUUAUUCACCAAGUCUAGUUUACUCAUACCAAAUUUCAGCUAAAAAUUUAAUCAGGAGCGCAUUCAAAUUAAUUCGAGAACGUAAAAAUGCGCAGUUAUCUUCAAGAAUUAAUUUGAAUGUGUUCCCGAUUGAAUUUUUAGCUGAAAUUUGGUAUGAGUAAACUAGACUUGGUGAAUAAGAUGCUCAAAAAAUUUCAUCAAAAAAUUCCACCGGGAACUGCCUCAAAUCGUGACGGCCGGACAGAACCUCCUAUAGAAGGACUUAAUUGACCUUUUUAUGAAAGUUCGAGGACCUAUUUGACAGUUUUCCCUUUUUAUUUAUUGUCUACUCCCAAACAAUGUUUUUGACAAUUCUUUUUUAAUUAUUUCAAUAAACUAUCAUCUCUGACUCAUAAAUAUACUUAUUCUUAAAAAGUAAAUAUGUGAAUUGUUACUAAAGAUUUAUUUUACUUUUGAAA